ACAGCAAGAAGCUGCCUUUGCUCACUUCCAUCUUGCUGGUUACCACAGGGAUUGUGCCCUUCGUGCUGCUGCUGCUGCUGCUGCAGGAGGAUCAGCAGCAGGGGGUGUGGCGGAUUGGCAGCAGCAGCAGAAGCGCCUGGCAGCGUUAGCAGAGGUGCACUGGCACAAGGCAGUGUGCUUCUAUCGAGCGGAAGCACAUCCGGACAUGUUUGUGACUAUAUGCAUGGAGAGGGCGGGGCUAGCGUCUGGUCUGGGCGGGCAGAAGCAGCAGCAGUGGCAGAGUCACCUCGCGGCUCUGAGACACCUCAUGGCAGUGCAGGCCGCGCUAUCACCACCCCCAGGCCCCUCUCCCUCCCCAGUUCCCGAUUCCAAAACCACGGAGCACUCAAAGCAAGCUCACGACAAGGCGUCCCCUCUCUACAGUCACACGGCUGAGAGGCUGUGCCAUCUCGUACAGUCACACCUGAAGGCCUUGCUGGGCCUUGCUCUGGCAUCUUCCGGCUCAUCCCUCGGUGGGAGGAAGGCGGGUGAAGGUACAAGUGCAGCAGGCUUAGGGGUUGGGAGAGGUGGAGAGGAGUUGGUGGGAGUGCUUCGAGAGGCUUACAGGUGCUCUUUGAAGCUGGACAAGUGUGCAUUGAACCUGCAUUCGAUAUCUGUAUUGGUUGCUCGUUUGCAGUAA